UUGACAAAAUUUCUUGAAAAAACACAUCGGGAAAAGUCUUUUUAAAUUCAGUUGCAAGCCAUCCUGCUGUUGAAAAAAUCUUUCGCGACAGGGUUGUGAGAGGAACCUGCUGUGUUCGUUGAAAAUCAUCUCAUACAUUGACAGCUUGAGACAGUGUUUGCUGUGAGAUUUUCCUCUUGAAGUUUAUGUUUAGCGCUUUUGUGGAGAUAGAUUACUUUGCACCUCUAGGCGGAGCUAGAUUAUUUGCCCUGUCAACAUUGUAAUAAUGAUAGUAGAAGAUUUAGGAUCCUUAAAAUUGAUUUUGUCGAGAUUUGCGCUGUAGACGGAAAAGGUUGGCAAGUUGAGUAGAUUGCAAGCAUUUGGUUUAUGCUCGCUUUGAAGGGAACGAAGUCAAAGUAGAGCCAUUGUUCCAGUGAAAGAGAAAAGAAAAGCCUGAGGACUUUUCAAUCGCAGGGUCCCCUGACGAUAAUAUUUCUGAAGUGAUCGAUUGGCAAAUGGUUUCUGCGGCAUAGGAAAACCGUGACUGAACAACAACUGAUAGAAAGAUUUGGAAAACUAUUCAAGACAAUUUGACAAGACAAAUGUAAUAUUUAUUUCCGCCAUCCAGUAAUUGCUAUCUACCGAACAACGGAUUGCUCAUCAUUAGAUUGUCUGGCGCUACUGUAAGAGCGAAUUGGAACUGAAAGCAUAAAAGGCCACACCUGUCAUUUCGUAAUGACUUAAAAGCAGCGCAUUCGAGCUGAAAGCAUCCGCAGAAAAAUCUCCGCACCAUAAAGCUAAAUUUAACACCCCAAGAAAAGUGAGCAUUUGGUAGGUGCAUUUCGACGGUGUUUGCCGUUUCGCAUGUUCAUCUCUUAUCUGAAGCUUUUAAAUUUUGAGCAUAACAAGACAUAUAUUCCUUAUGGUUUUAACUUUUAAGAUUCCAUUAUUGACGCAGCGACGACUUCAAACUUCACCGAUGAGCAACGAAUCAUCGCACGAACACGUUUUCGAUUUACUUCUGUGCGAAGACGAGCUCGGAGCGGGAUUUACAGUCGUCGGUUUGGUGUUCAUGUUUUUCAUAAUUAUCUCUUGCCUUUUUGGGAACACCCUGGUUUGUGUGGCGUGUGUGAAAUGUUUGUACCUGCAGUCGUUUUCCGAACAGUUUAUAUUCAGCCUGGCUCUUUCGGAUAUCAUGGUCGCGGCGUCUGUUUUGCCUUUCGACAUAGCAUAUUGGAUAGCAUUUCCUCGAUGGCCUUUGGGAGGCUAUGUUUGUAAUUUAUGGAACGCGCUGUUUUUUCUCUUCCUGACAGCUUCAGUGUUAAAUCUCACAUCUAUAAGUAUAGACAGAUUUUUGGCCGUUGUUUAUCCACUUCGCUAUAGCAUAUGGAUGACACCGAAUCUAGUUAAAUUGAUGAUAGCAACUGUGUGGGUGUAUUCUUUCGCCAUCGCCGUUUUAAUCUUCCUUCUCUUAGACCCGCCGGAAGGUCAAACGUAUAGCUUUGAUUUAAAUCCAUUGUUUCAUGGUUUUCUUCUCAUCGGAAAUGUUAUUUUUCCAUUUAUAAUUAUGAUUGUCUUGUACUCUAAAAUUUACAUUAUUGCAAAAAGGCACGCAAGGCGUGCUGGGAUGACGUCAUCAAGUGCGAACACGUCAUCGCCGACAAGGCGUACGAACAGCUUUGCGCGGGAACUGAAGCUCGCGAAGACCCUUGGGAUUGUCGUGCUCUGCUUUGUGAUCUGCUGGUUGCCCUUUGAAAUAAUUAACGUUGUAAUUCUCGUCGAUAAAGGAGUGACGACUUGCGUGGUGGAAAUUAUUGACACUGUCGCUUGCUGGCUGGCAUACCUUCAUUCUUCCUUCAAUCCGCUUGUGUAUGCGUUUGCUAGUUCAGAGUUCAGACGAGCGUUUAGAAAACUUCUGUGCAAAAGAGAGCGGACAAUUAACUUGGAUGAAAAUAGACAGUCAAAGUAAUGCCGCUGGACAAAGAGCAGUCGGCUCAGCCUCUGCUUUAAAACCAGAAGAAAGAGUCGAAGAAAGAUAGAUCAUUCUUCGACCUCGUCCCGAAGGUUCUCUCCUCGACGAUUUUCAAAAUAGAGGUUCGUCGGGAGAGAAGGCCUGUUUUCUCUCGCCGGCCAUUUUGAAAAGUAGAAAAGAGCUUGGGAACGAGGUUGAUCAUUCUUGUAUUAAAGGUUUUAUAAUUGAGGCUUUGACUAAAUGAUAAUUUAUUCUUUCUUCUUACUCGUUUGUUUGCAAAACUUGGUACAAAACGGGGAAACCUACAUGCGGCCUGUGAUAUGGGCUCCUGGCCAUGACUGGAUGCAUGAAACUCCUCUUGGAAACCAACAGAUAGACUUAGGAAUCCAGCUCUUGUGGGGUUGAUUGGCUGAAAAGUUUACGAACGACAUAAGAUAGGCAAAAAGUUGUUCACGCGUUAGUUAGCAAUCUCGUGCCCAGGGUCUUCUCUACUUUUCAAAAUGGCGACGAGUCGCCAUUUUGAAAAUCGUCGAGGAGAAGACCCUAUGACGAGGUUGUGGUAGUUGACGCUUAGAAAGCCACAAAGGUAAACCCGAACGUACAUCAUAUGCAGUAGUUACGUAACGCUGCCGUUGGCCGAAUGUUGAUCGUGAGUAUUUAUUAUUAUUCCUAUUGUAUUUAUUAUAAUUCGCAUUUUCCUUAGUUAUGCAUAUGUAUCACCACGUUAAGCGAUUUGCUUACAUCCGUAAAAAAAAAUCGCGCCACUUUGUCAGCCAAUCAAAAGUAAAUUCCAAACCAAUUGCGGCUUGCUCGGACACGUUUUCCCGCGCUUUGUGUGUGCUGCAUGUAUUUACUUUAAGUUUUGAUUGGUUCAUUGGAUUGUCUGUGUAAUUUGUGACUAGCCAGAGUUGAUUUUAUGACAACCAGUUGAAAACUGCUCUAAGGGUUUGUAUGGGAAUUGAUGCCUAAAAAGACAAUCGGGGUAGUUGAGCUGAGUAGAUCAAUAAAAUACCCUUACUUUUGUCUUUUCCGUAGCCUGUUGUAUGUCUUGAGUUUUACAGUGUGUUUGAGCGAUUUUCCUGGUUCUGUUGUUUCCUGGUUCUGUUGUUUCCUGGUUCUGUUGUUUCCUGGUUCUGUUGUUUCCUCGUCCUCGGAGAGUCCUCAGAGGCUUCGAUCCGUUUGGUCAGCGAUUCUUGGUGCUGACCAAAAAUCGAGGCCUCUGGGGACGAGAAUCAAAAGGAAGGACCUGGGCCCCAGUACAUGUCUAAUAGAGGCUGAACUUGUCAAACUUGCGUUUUUCGUUUCUGAGAAUGAGAAUGGUGACGAGAAUUACCGACUUCUGGAAGCAAAAUCACCUGACCUCCAAGGGGAAUGGAGCAGAAGUCAUUCAAAUUGAUCUGAAAAUGCCGAAUAUUUCUAGGCAACAAUACCCAAUAACUAUAAUUGAAAUUCUGUUUAUUGUUGGUAGUGACUAAAACUAAAUUACAAUUCUCUGAAGGCAAACAGAUACUUUUCUCUUUACGGCGAAAAAAAAGUUCCUUAUGGUCUUAUAAAAUUAUGUUUUCUUUUCUUG